UCCGUCCGCAGCAGCAGCAUCGCGCCUUUGUGUAAAAAAAAAAAAAAAAAAAAAAAAUCAGAGUGUAAUGAGUCGCUAGCUGUGUGUCCCUGAGCGCACCACCCAUGCUUCAGCUGGCCGCUGAUGAGACGCCGUCCCGCGGUCUGAACCAUGCCGUUCUCCGUCCAUCCGGUCUCCAUGAGCGGAUCCUGACCUAGUCCAGUCCGGCUGGCUGCAGCGUGAGCAGGAAGUCCCCGAGCACAAGGCCCGUCCACCCCGUCCGUCCGUCCGAGGACCCAAACGAACAGCGGCGCUCGGUCGUUAAUCAUCCAGCAUAUCUGCCGGUGGACGGUUCUCCAGCAUGGCGAGCCUGCGUCAGAGGAAAGGCAGCAGGGGCAAGGAGGCGUCUCCGGCUGCCGAGGGCCAGUCCCAGCAGUCCAACUGUUGCACCCAUCACCAUCCAGACAAGGUCCUGCAGGGCGACUGGUCAUGGGGGGCUAUAAUCUGGACGUCGGUGGGUUGGUCCGUCUCUGUUGGCCUCGGCCUUCUCUGCUCCAUCUACGUGGCCACGCUACAUGAGAACGACCUGUGGUUCUCCAACAUCAAGGUAAAGGCUUUAGCUCCCAUGUGAUCCUCCUGUCCUCUU